UCACACCCCCUGCCUCCUCAUGCCAUCCGCUCCCCCCCGCCCCCACCCUCCGCGUGCCCGCUCCCUUGCCGCCUCUUUUGACCCUCCCUGCCCCCCUCGCCGUUUCCCACCGCCCGCCAUUCGCUCCUCCCCGCCCGUGCGCUCCCCUCGUUUACCUUCUCCUCCCCCCUCCCCUCCUCUGCUGCACGCCUCUUCCUUCCCCUCGCCGACCCACUCCACUCCCUGCCCCUCCUCAAUCCGCACCCUGCCCCUCGUAUCUCGCCCCCCUAUGCUUGGUUUCUCCCCUCCCUGCCCCUCGCCGCCUUUCUCCGCUCCCCACCUCCCCCCUCUCCCUGCUCCCCCACUCUCCCCCCCUUGCCCUUGGCUUCCUACCUCCCUGCCCCACCUUUCCCCCCUCCGUGUGCUCAGCUUCUCCCCUCCCUGCCCCUCCCUCCUCCCCGCCCUGCCCCUCAUUUUCCGCCCCCCCACGCCCGGUUUCUCCCCUCCCCGCGCCUCCCUUUCUUUCUCCGUGCCUCUCCUUUGCUCCCUCCCUGCCCCCGCCUGCCCAUGCCCCUGUCUUUGGCUUCUCCCCUCCCUGCCCCACGUUUCUUCCCUCCCUGCCCCCCCUCUGCCCCUCCCUUGUUUUCCCCUCACCCAUUGCUUCUCCCCUCCCUGCCCUUGAUUUCCCGCACCCCUGCCCUUGUUUCCUACCAUCCAUGCCCCUCGUUUCCCCCCUUUGUACGUUCAGCCUCUUCCCUCCCUGCCCCUCCCCUCCUCCCCCCCUGCCCUUUGCGUUCCCCUCGCUUACGCUCCCUUCUCCCCAUCCCUGCUGCCCUCUUGCCACCAUCAGCCCAUCCGCACCACCAGCCCCCCUCCCACCCUUCUCUCCCCCCUCCCUCCCUUCUCUCUCUCUCUCUCUCUCUCUCUCUCUCUCUCUCUCUCUUUCUCACACACACACGCACACUCCCCUCCCCCACCCCCCCACCCACGUCCUCCCAUUCCGCCCCUCCCUGCCCCUUUCCCACCCCCUCGCACGCCCCUCACCUCCCACCUCCGUGCAACUGGUUUCCCCCCUAUGGUGCCUCCCUUGCAUCGCUCGCCCCGCUGCUCACCCUCUGCCCGCCCCUUUUCCGUGCCCUCAGCUGGCCCAGCCCCUGCCCGUUGCUGCCCCUCCCCUUGCCCCCUCAACUCCCCUGCCCCCCGUACACCCCAGUCCCAUCCAACCGCCCCCACCCUCCCCCGGCUGCCCGUUUCCGCUCUCCACCCCCGCGACCGUGUGCGGCUUCCAACCGCCCAACGGUGGUGCGCACGGGGCGUUUCUUCGCACGGGCAAGCCUCCCCGGGGGGCCCCCACCCCGCUGAGUCGUUUCACACCCCCUGCCUCCUCAUGCCAUCCGCUCCCCCCCGCCCCCACCCUCCGCGUGCCCGCUCCCUUGCCGCCUCUUUUGACCCUCCCUGCCCCCCUCGCCGUUUCCCACCGCCCGCCAUUCGCUCCUCCCCGCCCGUGCGCUCCCCUCGUUUACCUUCUCCUCCCCCCUCCCCUCCUCUGCUGCACGCCUCUUCCUUCCCCUCGCCGACCCACUCCACUCCCUGCCCCUCCUCAAUCCGCACCCUGCCCCUCGUAUCUCGCCCCCCUAUGCUUGGUUUCUCCCCUCCCUGCCCCUCGCCGCCUUUCUCCGCUCCCCACCUCCCCCCUCUCCCUGCUCCCCCACUCUCCCCCCCUUGCCCUUGGCUUCCUACCUCCCUGCCCCACCUUUCCCCCCUCCGUGUGCUCAGCUUCUCCCCUCCCUGCCCCUCCCUCCUCCCCGCCCUGCCCCUCAUUUUCCGCCCCCCCACGCCCGGUUUCUCCCCUCCCCGCGCCUCCCUUUCUUUCUCCGUGCCUCUCCUUUGCUCCCUCCCUGCCCCCGCCUGCCCAUGCCCCUGUCUUUGGCUUCUCCCCUCCCUGCCCCACGUUUCUUCCCUCCCUGCCCCCCCUCUGCCCCUCCCUUGUUUUCCCCUCACCCAUUGCUUCUCCCCUCCCUGCCCUUGAUUUCCCGCACCCCUGCCCUUGUUUCCUACCAUCCAUGCCCCUCGUUUCCCCCCUUUGUACGUUCAGCCUCUUCCCUCCCUGCCCCUCCCCUCCUCCCCCCCUGCCCUUUGCGUUCCCCUCGUUACGCUCCCUUCUCCCCAUCCCUGCUGCCCUCUUGCCACCAUCAGCCCAUCCGCACCACCAGCCCCCCUCCCACCCUUCUCUCCCCCCCUCCCUUUCCCUCUCUCUCUCUCUCUCUCUCUCUCUCUCUCUCUCUCUUUCUCACACACACACGCACACUCCCCUCCCCCACCCCCCACCCACGUCCUCCCAUUCCGCCCCUCCCUGCCCCUUUCCCACCCCCUCGCACGCCCCUCACCUCCCACCUCCGUGCAACUGGUUUCCCCCCUAUGGUGCCUCCCUUGCAUCGCUCGCCCCUCUGCUCACCCUCUGCCCGCCCCUUUUCCGUGCCCUCAGCUGGCCCAGCCCCUGCCCGUUGCUGCCCCUCCCCUUGCCCCCUCAACUCCCCUGCCCCCCGUACACCCCAGUCCCAUCCAACCGCCCCCACCCUCCCCCGGCUGCCCGUUUCCGCUCUCCACCCCCGCGACCGUUCACACCCCCUGCCUCCUCAUGCCAUCCGCUCCCCCCCGCCCCCACCCUCCGCGUGCCCGCUCCCUUGCCGCCUCUUUUGACCCUCCCUGCCCCCCUCGCCGUUUCCCACCGCCCGCCAUUCGCUCCUCCCCGCCCGUGCGCUCCCCUCGUUUACCUUCUCCUCCCCCCUCCCCUCCUCUGCUGCACGCCUCUUCCUUCCCCUCGCCGACCCACUCCACUCCCUGCCCCUCCUCAAUCCGCACCCUGCCCCUCGUAUCUCGCCCCCCUAUGCUUGGUUUCUCCCCUCCCUGCCCCUCGCCGCCUUUCUCCGCUCCCCACCUCCCCCCUCUCCCUGCUCCCCCACUCUCCCCCCCUUGCCCUUGGCUUCCUACCUCCCUGCCCCACCUUUCCCCCCUCCGUGUGCUCAGCUUCUCCCCUCCCUGCCCCUCCCUCCUCCCCGCCCUGCCCCUCAUUUUCCGCCCCCCCACGCCCGGUUUCUCCCCUCCCCGCGCCUCCCUUUCUUUCUCCGUGCCUCUCCUUUGCUCCCUCCCUGCCCCCGCCUGCCCAUGCCCCUGUCUUUGGCUUCUCCCCUCCCUGCCCCACGUUUCUUCCCUCCCUGCCCCCCCUCUGCCCCUCCCUUGUUUUCCCCUCACCCAUUGCUUCUCCCCUCCCUGCCCUUGAUUUCCCGCACCCCUGCCCUUGUUUCCUACCAUCCAUGCCCCUCGUUUCCCCCCUUUGUACGUUCAGCCUCUUCCCUCCCUGCCCCUCCCCUCCUCCCCCCCUGCCCUUUGCGUUCCCCUCGUUACGCUCCCUUCUCCCCAUCCCUGCUGCCCUCUUGCCACCAUCAGCCCAUCCGCACCACCAGCCCCCCUCCCACCCUUCUCUCCCCCCCUCCCUUUCCCUCUCUCUCUCUCUCUCUCUCUCUCUCUCUUUCUCACACACACACGCACACUCCCCUCCCCCACCCCCCACCCACGUCCUCCCAUUCCGCCCCUCCCUGCCCCUUUCCCACCCCCUCGCACGCCCCUCACCUCCCACCUCCGUGCAACUGGUUUCCCCCCUAUGGUGCCUCCCUUGCAUCGCUCGCCCCUCUGCUCACCCUCUGCCCGCCCCUUUUCCGUGCCCUCAGCUGGCCCAGCCCCUGCCCGUUGCUGCCCCUCCCCUUGCCCCCUCAACUCCCCUGCCCCCCGUACACCCCAGUCCCAUCCAACCGCCCCCACCCUCCCCCGGCUGCCCGUUUCCGCUCUCCACCCCCGCGACCGUGUGCGGCUUCCAACCGCCCAACGGUGGUGCGCACGGGGCGUUUCUUCGCACGGGCAAGCCUCCCCGGGGGGCCCCCACCCCGCUGAGUCGUUUCACACCCCCUGCCUCCUCAUGCCAUCCGCUCCCCCCCGCCCCCACCCUCCGCGUGCCCGCUCCCUUGCCGCCUCUUUUGACCCUCCCUGCCCCCCUCGCCGUUUCCCACCGCCCGCCAUUCGCUCCUCCCCGCCCGUGCGCUCCCCUCGUUUACCUUCUCCUCCCCCCUCCCCUCCUCUGCUGCACGCCUCUUCCUUCCCCUCGCCGACCCACUCCACUCCCUGCCCCUCCUCAAUCCGCACCCUGCCCCUCGUAUCUCGCCCCCCUAUGCUUGGUUUCUCCCCUCCCUGCCCCUCGCCGCCUUUCUCCGCUCCCCACCUCCCCCCUCUCCCUGCUCCCCCACUCUCCCCCCCUUGCCCUUGGCUUCCUACCUCCCUGCCCCACCUUUCCCCCCUCCGUGUGCUCAGCUUCUCCCCUCCCUGCCCCUCCCUCCUCCCCGCCCUGCCCCUCAUUUUCCGCCCCCCCACGCCCGGUUUCUCCCCUCCCCGCGCCUCCCUUUCUUUCUCCGUGCCUCUCCUUUGCUCCCUCCCUGCCCCCGCCUGCCCAUGCCCCUGUCUUUGGCUUCUCCCCUCCCUGCCCCACGUUUCUUCCCUCCCUGCCCCCCCUCUGCCCCUCCCUUGUUUUCCCCUCACCCAUUGCUUCUCCCCUCCCUGCCCUUGAUUUCCCGCACCCCUGCCCUUGUUUCCUACCAUCCAUGCCCCUCGUUUCCCCCCUUUGUACGUUCAGCCUCUUCCCUCCCUGCCCCUCCCCUCCUCCCCCCCUGCCCUUUGCGUUCCCCUCGUUACGCUCCCUUCUCCCCAUCCCUGCUGCCCUCUUGCCACCAUCAGCCCAUCCGCACCACCAGCCCCCCUCCCACCCUUCUCUCCCCCCUCCCUUUCCCUCUCUCUCUCUCUCUCUCUCUCUCUCUCUCUUUCUCACACACACACGCACACUCCCCUCCCCCACCCCCCCACCCACGUCCUCCCAUUCCGCCCCUCCCUGCCCCUUUCCCACCCCCUCGCACGCCCCUCACCUCCCACCUCCGUGCAACUGGUUUCCCCCCUAUGGUGCCUCCCUUGCAUCGCUCGCCCCUCUGCUCACCCUCUGCCCGCCCCUUUUCCGUGCCCUCAGCUGGCCCAGCCCCUGCCCGUUGCUGCCCCUCCCCUUGCCCCCUCAACUCCCCUGCCCCCCGUACACCCCAGUCCCAUCCAACCGCCCCCACCCUCCCCCGGCUGCCCGUUUCCGCUCUCCACCCCCGCGACCGUUCACACCCCCUGCCUCCUCAUGCCAUCCGCUCCCCCCCGCCCCCACCCUCCGCGUGCCCGCUCCCUUGCCGCCUCUUUUGACCCUCCCUGCCCCCCUCGCCGUUUCCCACCGCCCGCCAUUCGCUCCUCCCCGCCCGUGCGCUCCCCUCGUUUACCUUCUCCUCCCCCCUCCCCUCCUCUGCUGCACGCCUCUUCCUUCCCCUCGCCGACCCACUCCACUCCCUGCCCCUCCUCAAUCCGCACCCUGCCCCUCGUAUCUCGCCCCCCUAUGCUUGGUUUCUCCCCUCCCUGCCCCUCGCCGCCUUUCUCCGCUCCCCACCUCCCCCCUCUCCCUGCUCCCCCACUCUCCCCCCCUUGCCCUUGGCUUCCUACCUCCCUGCCCCACCUUUCCCCCCUCCGUGUGCUCAGCUUCUCCCCUCCCUGCCCCUCCCUCCUCCCCGCCCUGCCCCUCAUUUUCCGCCCCCCCACGCCCGGUUUCUCCCCUCCCCGCGCCUCCCUUUCUUUCUCCGUGCCUCUCCUUUGCUCCCUCCCUGCCCCCGCCUGCCCAUGCCCCUGUCUUUGGCUUCUCCCCUCCCUGCCCCACGUUUCUUCCCUCCCUGCCCCCCCUCUGCCCCUCCCUUGUUUUCCCCUCACCCAUUGCUUCUCCCCUCCCUGCCCUUGAUUUCCCGCACCCCUGCCCUUGUUUCCUACCAUCCAUGCCCCUCGUUUCCCCCCUUUGUACGUUCAGCCUCUUCCCUCCCUGCCCCUCCCCUCCUCCCCCCCUGCCCUUUGCGUUCCCCUCGUUACGCUCCCUUCUCCCCAUCCCUGCUGCCCUCUUGCCACCAUCAGCCCAUCCGCACCACCAGCCCCCCUCCCACCCUUCUCUCCCCCCCUCCCUUUCCCUCUCUCUCUCUCUCUCUCUCUCUCUCUCUCUUUCUCACACACACACGCACACUCCCCUCCCCCACCCCCCACCCACGUCCUCCCAUUCCGCCCCUCCCUGCCCCUUUCCCACCCCCUCGCACGCCCCUCACCUCCCACCUCCGUGCAACUGGUUUCCCCCCUAUGGUGCCUCCCUUGCAUCGCUCGCCCCGCUGCUCACCCUCUGCCCGCCCCUUUUCCGUGCCCUCAGCUGGCCCAGCCCCUGCCCGUUGCUGCCCCUCCCCUUGCCCCCUCAACUCCCCUGCCCCCCGUACACCCCAGUCCCAUCCAACCGCCCCCACCCUCCCCCGGCUGCCCGUUUCCGCUCUCCACCCCCGCGACCGUUCACACCCCCUGCCUCCUCAUGCCAUCCGCUCCCCCCCGCCCCCACCCUCCGCGUGCCCGCUCCCUUGCCGCCUCUUUUGACCCUCCCUGCCCCCCUCGCCGUUUCCCACCGCCCGCCAUUCGCUCCUCCCCGCCCGUGCGCUCCCCUCGUUUACCUUCUCCUCCCCCCUCCCCUCCUCUGCUGCACGCCUCUUCCUUCCCCUCGCCGACCCACUCCACUCCCUGCCCCUCCUCAAUCCGCACCCUGCCCCUCGUAUCUCGCCCCCCUAUGCUUGGUUUCUCCCCUCCCUGCCCCUCGCCGCCUUUCUCCGCUCCCCACCUCCCCCCUCUCCCUGCUCCCCCACUCUCCCCCCCUUGCCCUUGGCUUCCUACCUCCCUGCCCCACCUUUCCCCCCUCCGUGUGCUCAGCUUCUCCCCUCCCUGCCCCUCCCUCCUCCCCGCCCUGCCCCUCAUUUUCCGCCCCCCCACGCCCGGUUUCUCCCCUCCCCGCGCCUCCCUUUCUUUCUCCGUGCCUCUCCUUUGCUCCCUCCCUGCCCCCGCCUGCCCAUGCCCCUGUCUUUGGCUUCUCCCCUCCCUGCCCCACGUUUCUUCCCUCCCUGCCCCCCCUCUGCCCCUCCCUUGUUUUCCCCUCACCCAUUGCUUCUCCCCUCCCUGCCCUUGAUUUCCCGCACCCCUGCCCUUGUUUCCUACCAUCCAUGCCCCUCGUUUCCCCCCUUUGUACGUUCAGCCUCUUCCCUCCCUGCCCCUCCCCUCCUCCCCCCCUGCCCUUUGCGUUCCCCUCGUUACGCUCCCUUCUCCCCAUCCCUGCUGCCCUCUUGCCACCAUCAGCCCAUCCGCACCACCAGCCCCCCUCCCACCCUUCUCUCCCCCCCUCCCUUUCCCUCUCUCUCUCUCUCUCUCUCUCUCUCUCUCUCUCUUUCUCACACACACACGCACACUCCCCUCCCCCACCCCCCACCCACGUCCUCCCAUUCCGCCCCUCCCUGCCCCUUUCCCACCCCCUCGCACGCCCCUCACCUCCCACCUCCGUGCAACUGGUUUCCCCCCUAUGGUGCCUCCCUUGCAUCGCUCGCCCCGCUGCUCACCCUCUGCCCGCCCCUUUUCCGUGCCCUCAGCUGGCCCAGCCCCUGCCCGUUGCUGCCCCUCCCCUUGCCCCCUCAACUCCCCUGCCCCCCGUACACCCCAGUCCCAUCCAACCGCCCCCACCCUCCCCCGGCUGCCCGUUUCCGCUCUCCACCCCCGCGACCGUUCACACCCCCUGCCUCCUCAUGCCAUCCGCUCCCCCCCGCCCCCACCCUCCGCGUGCCCGCUCCCUUGCCGCCUCUUUUGACCCUCCCUGCCCCCCUCGCCGUUUCCCACCGCCCGCCAUUCGCUCCUCCCCGCCCGUGCGCUCCCCUCGUUUACCUUCUCCUCCCCCCUCCCCUCCUCUGCUGCACGCCUCUUCCUUCCCCUCGCCGACCCACUCCACUCCCUGCCCCUCCUCAAUCCGCACCCUGCCCCUCGUAUCUCGCCCCCCUAUGCUUGGUUUCUCCCCUCCCUGCCCCUCGCCGCCUUUCUCCGCUCCCCACCUCCCCCCUCUCCCUGCUCCCCCACUCUCCCCCCCUUGCCCUUGGCUUCCUACCUCCCUGCCCCACCUUUCCCCCCUCCGUGUGCUCAGCUUCUCCCCUCCCUGCCCCUCCCUCCUCCCCGCCCUGCCCCUCAUUUUCCGCCCCCCCCACGCCCGGUUUCUCCCCUCCCCGCGCCUCCCUUUCUUUCUCCGUGCCUCUCCUUUGCUCCCUCCCUGCCCCCGCCUGCCCAUGCCCCUGUCUUUGGCUUCUCCCCUCCCUGCCCCACGUUUCUUCCCUCCCUGCCCCCCCUCUGCCCCUCCCUUGUUUUCCCCUCACCCAUUGCUUCUCCCCUCCCUGCCCUUGAUUUCCCGCACCCCUGCCCUUGUUUCCUACCAUCCAUGCCCCUCGUUUCCCCCCUUUGUACGUUCAGCCUCUUCCCUCCCUGCCCCUCCCCUCCUCCCCCCCUGCCCUUUGCGUUCCCCUCGCUACGCUCCCUUCUCCCCAUCCCUGCUGCCCUCUUGCCACCAUCAGCCCAUCCGCACCACCAGCCCCCCUCCCACCCUUCUCUCCCCCCCUCCCUUUCCCUCUCUCUCUCUCUCUCUCUCUCUCUCUUUCUCACACACACACGCACACUCCCCUCCCCCACCCCCCACCCACGUCCUCCCAUUCCGCCCCUCCCUGCCCCUUUCCCACCCCCUCGCACGCCCCUCACCUCCCACCUCCGUGCAACUGGUUUCCCCCCUAUGGUGCCUCCCUUGCAUCGCUCGCCCCGCUGCUCACCCUCUGCCCGCCCCUUUUCCGUGCCCUCAGCUGGCCCAGCCCCUGCCCGUUGCUGCCCCUCCCCUUGCCCCCUCAACUCCCCUGCCCCCCGUACACCCCAGUCCCAUCCAACCGCCCCCACCCUCCCCCGGCUGCCCGUUUCCGCUCUCCACCCCCGCGACCGUGUGCGGCUUCCAACCGCCCAACGGUGGUGCGCACGGGGCGUUUCUUCGCACGGGCAAGCCUCCCCGGGGGGCCCCCACCCCGCUGAGUCGUUUCACACCCCCUGCCUCCUCAUGCCAUCCGCUCCCCCCCGCCCCCACCCUCCGCGUGCCCGCUCCCUUGCCGCCUCUUUUGACCCUCCCUGCCCCCCUCGCCGUUUCCCACCGCCCGCCAUUCGCUCCUCCCCGCCCGUGCGCUCCCCUCGUUUACCUUCUCCUCCCCCCUCCCCUCCUCUGCUGCACGCCUCUUCCUUCCCCUCGCCGACCCACUCCACUCCCUGCCCCUCCUCAAUCCGCACCCUGCCCCUCGUAUCUCGCCCCCCUAUGCUUGGUUUCUCCCCUCCCUGCCCCUCGCCGCCUUUCUCCGCUCCCCACCUCCCCCCUCUCCCUGCUCCCCCACUCUCCCCCCCUUGCCCUUGGCUUCCUACCUCCCUGCCCCACCUUUCCCCCCUCCGUGUGCUCAGCUUCUCCCCUCCCUGCCCCUCCCUCCUCCCCGCCCUGCCCCUCAUUUUCCGCCCCCCCACGCCCGGUUUCUCCCCUCCCCGCGCCUCCCUUUCUUUCUCCGUGCCUCUCCUUUGCUCCCUCCCUGCCCCCGCCUGCCCAUGCCCCUGUCUUUGGCUUCUCCCCUCCCUGCCCCACGUUUCUUCCCUCCCUGCCCCCCCUCUGCCCCUCCCUUGUUUUCCCCUCACCCAUUGCUUCUCCCCUCCCUGCCCUUGAUUUCCCGCACCCCUGCCCUUGUUUCCUACCAUCCAUGCCCCUCGUUUCCCCCCUUUGUACGUUCAGCCUCUUCCCUCCCUGCCCCUCCCCUCCUCCCCCCCUGCCCUUUGCGUUCCCCUCGCUACGCUCCCUUCUCCCCAUCCCUGCUGCCCUCUUGCCACCAUCAGCCCAUCCGCACCACCAGCCCCCCUCCCACCCUUCUCUCCCCCCCCUCCCUUUCCCUCUCUCUCUCUCUCUCUCUUUCUCACACACACACGCACACUCCCCUCCCCCACCCCCCACCCACGUCCUCCCAUUCUGCCCCUCCCUGCCCCUUUCCCACCCCCUCGCACGCCCCUCACCUCCCACCUCCGUGCAACUGGUUUCCCCCCUAUGGUGCCUCCCUUGCAUCGCUCGCCCCUCUGCUCACCCUCUGCCCGCCCCUUUUCCGUGCCCUCAGCUGGCCCAGCCCCUGCCCGUUGCUGCCCCUCCCCUUGCCCCCUCAACUCCCCUGCCCCCCGUACACCCCAGUCCCAUCCAACCGCCCCCACCCUCCCCCGGCUGCCCGUUUCCGCUCUCCACCCCCGCGACCGUUCACACCCCCUGCCUCCUCAUGCCAUCCACUCCCCCCCGCCCCCACCCUCCGCGUGCCCGCUCCCUUGCCGCCUCUUUUGACCCUCCCUGCCCCCCUCGCCGUUUCCCACCGCCCGCCAUUCGCUCCUCCCCGCCCGUGCGCUCCCCUCGUUUACCUUCUCCUCCCCCCUCCCCUCCUCUGCUGCACGCCUCUUCCUUCCCCUCGCCGACCCACUCCACUCCCUGCCCCUCCUCAAUCCGCACCCUGCCCCUCGUAUCUCGCCCCCCUAUGCUUGCUUCUCCCCUCCCUGCCCCUCCCUCCUCCCCGCCCUGCCCCUCAUUUUCCGCCCCCCCACGCCCGGUUUCUCCCCUCCCCGCGCCUCCCUUUCUUUCUCCGUGCCUCUCCUUUGCUCCCUCCCUGCCCCCGCCUGCCCAUGCCCCUGUCUUUGGCUUCUCCCCUCCCUGCCCCACGUUUCUUCCCUCCCUGCCCCCCCUCUGCCCCUCCCUUGUUUUCCCCUCACCCAUUGCUUCUCCCCUCCCUGCCCUUGAUUUCCCGCACCCCUGCCCUUGUUUCCUACCAUCCAUGCCCCUCGUUUCCCCCCUUUGUACGUUCAGCCUCUUCCCUCCCUGCCCCUCCCCUCCUCCCCCCCUGCCCUUUGCGUUCCCCUCGUUACGCUCCCUUCUCCCCAUCCCUGCUGCCCUCUUGCCACCAUCAGCCCAUCCGCACCACCAGCCCCCCUCCCACCCUUCUCUCCCCCCCUCCCUUUCCCUCUCUCUCUCUCUCUCUCUCUCUCUCUCUCUUUCUCACACACACACGCACACUCCCCUCCCCAACCCCCCACCCACGUCCUCCCAUUCCGCCCCUCCCUGCCCCUUUCCCACCCCCUCGCACGCCCCUCACCUCCCACCUCCGUGCAACUGGUUUCCCCCCUAUGGUGCCUCCCUUGCAUCGCUCGCCCCUCUGCUCACCCUCUGCCCGCCCCUUUUCCGUGCCCUCAGCUGGCCCAGCCCCUGCCCGUUGCUGCCCCUCCCCUUGCCCCCUCAACUCCCCUGCCCCCCGUACACCCCAGUCCCAUCCAACCGCCCCCACCCUCCCCCGGCUGCCCGUUUCCGCUCUCCACCCCCGCGACCGUGUGCGGCUUCCAACCGCCCAACGGUGGUGCGCACGGGGCGUUUCUUCGCACGGGCAAGCCUCCCCGGGGGGCCCCCACCCCGCUGA